UCACUCACUCUAAGAAGGAUUUCGUAACAGACGAAAGUCCAAUUGUUCCUCGGCUCAACGGAACAAAACUAUAAUACUGUUAUAUGUUAUAUGUUGUAUAUGUUUCAAGACACUUUACUGAGAAAAAUAUUAGCUUGUCCAAGCGCAUGUGCAGUAUUCCAUCUGUGACGCGCGCAUUAGACACGACAGUACUGAUGGAUUCCGAGGCACUGAGGAACAUCGAACGACGCGCUAUAAGAUAAUUAUCCAUUCGCUGUUCGUCAGUAAUUACAAACAGCUUUACAGGAAUGUAUCGGCCCUACGCCUCAAAACAAAUGCAAUACGCUGUAUGACAAAUAGUAGUCUAUUCUCGCGGUAUUUACUCCUAAACUGUUUUGUUCCUCCUUGAUACAACACAAAGACUUUGUGAAAUCCACUGUAUAAUAUUGACGAAUAUAAUCAAGAACGGUUACAAAUUACAAGAGUCACCGAGGCAAUUACACCCAAGUAAUGCCGCAAAGCAAGCGGAGGGCGUGUCAUACGGGGUCUGGCAUGGUAAAAUAAUAUAUUAAUGAAGGGUACAAAGAACAAAUGGAUAUUUGAGAGAAGCACGAUUAACCGUUGAAAGUUCACGAGUAAUUGUACACUCUGUUGGAAAUGCUGUAGACCUUAUUAACAGACAGCAGCAAACACGAGGAUGGAGCCGCGUACGUGAAAAAAGGGCUAAAUGCAAAUGCAAAGUUUUAAACAAACUCUUUGUGCCGUCUCUGCCCUCUUGCUCCUUUUUUUGCGAAACGACUCACAGUGUAAAAAAAGGAAAGAAAAGAGCUGUCCAAAUGGACUUCGAAAGUGCGAAUCCUUUCAAUGUCCUGGUGAACAAGAUUUCGGGAAACCUGUUACCGAUGACCAUCGAUGGAUCACCGUUUCCGAUACUUUGGAAGAUUUACAGCAGCUUAAUAUGGCUACUGGAGUUGACAGAAAUGAUGAUAUUACUUCCCGGAUGCAUACUUGUACCAAAAGGAAAAGCGCUGAAGGACGGCGUGGUCGCUAUCGCAGUCACUCUGGAAGUGCUCUUUGUGGUUACGCGAAUCCACAUGCGUAGAGGAUUGGUGCAACGAAUAAUCCAACGGGUGAACGAAAUUCUGUACUUGGACGAUGAGAUGAUGCAAAAUAUCGUAACGGCGAGUCUAAAAUCGAUGGAGAUCCCGUUGAAGUUCUAUUGGUCGGCCGGUGUAAUGUCCAUAGUACUGUGGAGCGGUACACCGCUUUUAAUGAUCUUCAAGAAAAAUUCCUUUUCUUACGUGGAUUACAGAAUGCCAGUCGCCUAUGGCAAAGAACCAAUAUCCACUGACUCCUUCGUGAUAGGUAGUCUCAUCGUGAUGUCGAGCAGCGUGUUAAUGUUCACAAAGAAGGUCGCCGUGGACAGCUACAUGAUACACCUCAUACUACUUAUAACGGCACAGUAUCGUUACAUAGCGUCGAAGCUCUCGGUAAUAUUUCGAGAUGAGACUACGCGACGUGAUAGCAACGAUCCCAUUGGCGAUAAAAACUACUCAACGAGCGAUCUAUCUGCGCAAAAGGAGAUCAAAGCGGUGUGCCGACAUCACAAUACUAUCGUUCGUGUAAUGUCCAUGCUAAAAGAACUACUGUCUUUAAAUUUUAAUUUCUUAUAUAUCAACAGUGUUUUUCGAUUCUGCUUUAUUGGUAUAAUGAUUCUGGCAGUACCGUCGACGAAUCUGUUAGAGGGAUCUUUGAUUAUUAUGUACGCGAGCGGUGGAAUAGUGCAACUCUAUAUACUGUGCUCUUGCGUACAACAGUUGUUAGAUGCGGCCGUCGAAAUAACGAACAAAGCGUUCCACGAAAAAUGGUAUCUGCACGAACCAUCCGUAAAACGUAUGUUUUUAUUGCUGAUAAUGGCAAAUAACUUGGACUGCAAACUCGCCACAUUCGAGAAAUUCAAUUUAUCUUUACCCUCAUUUAUGGCGAUUCUAAAUCAGUCCUAUUCAAUAGCUCUACUGGUCUUUAGGACCAUUUGAAAGUGACGAUAGAAAAAUUGUUAGCUCAAUUGUAUAUCCUGCCAUGUUUGAAAAUUUAUAACUAAUAAAACAUUACUGAACAUCAUGGGCACAGGAAAAA